UUGCACUUCACUGAAGAUUUGGAGAACUUAAAAAAUAAUAAGCCUUGUUCCUCAGCGCUUGUUAAACUUAGACCUUUCAUAGACAAAAAUGGUAUUAUUCGCGUCGCAGGCCGACUCUCAAACUCUAACGAGCACUACAACUACAAAUAUCCAUAUAUCUUACCUCGUCGCGAUCGUGUUGUUGAAUUGCUUAUUGAACAUUAUCAUAAGAAGCAUUUACAUGCCGGCCCAGAAUUGCUUAUGUCCUUACUUAGAAAUAAAUGUUGGAUACUCGCUGCUAGACGAAUAAUUCAUCACAUUAUACACAAGUGCAACACUUGUUUCAAAUCUAAACCGCGUGCAAUUUUACCGCUAAUGUCUGAUCUACCUAGUCAGCGUGUAAAUCAAGCUGAAAAGGCUUUUACUCAUGUGGGAUGUAAUUACGCAGGCCCAUUGCAGUACACGCAUCUUCGUGGUCGUGGUAUAAGAAGCCGCAAAGCAUGGCUUUGCGCUUUCACAUGUUUGACAACCCGCGCUACACAUAUAGAUGUAGCAACAGAUUUCAGUACCGUGUCAUUUCUGGCCGCCUUGAAACGAGUUCUUUCUCGUCGGGGGCCUAUUAAAUGCCUUUAUACAGAUAACGGGACGUGCUUCGUAGGCACACAUUCUUAUUUAAGGGAUUUUUAUAAACUUAUCGAUAAGGAGCUUAAUCCUCGACUUCACGAGGAGCUGGAUGAAAACCGCAUUGAAUGGAAAUUUAUACCACCCGCGUCUCCCCAUUUCGGUGGAUGUUGGGAGAGUAUGAUAAAGGUGAUCAAGUCGCAUCUCUUUAAAGUGAUAGGUCAACAAAUUCUUUCUUACGAAGAGCUCUUAACGGUUUUAACGCAAAUCGAGGCUCUCCUCAACUCACGUCCGUUGACGUCUAUGAGUUGUGAUCCUGCAGAACCAUCUGCGCUUACGCCUGCUCAUUUUCUAAACUCAUUCCCACUGUCAUCAUUUCCAGGUUAUCCCACUGACUCUACUAGCUUAAUCCAACGACAUUCUCUUUUAGACAGCCCCGUCCAGUCUUUCUGGCAACGAUGGCGUAGUGAUUACUUGCAUAAACUGCAGGUUAGGGCUAAAUGGAAUUCACUUGCGGCUCCCAUACUCGUGGGGACUGUGGUAGUUAUUAUGACGGAUAAUGCACCGCCUCUAUCUUGGCCCCUAGGAGUCGUGGAGAAGGUGCACCCUUCUAAAAAUAGGAUAGUCCGCGUUGUAACCGUUAAGACCGCUAAAGGCAGUUUCGUACGUCCGGUUGUGCGUUUAUGCCCAUUACCAAACCAAUAA